GCAGCAGCAGUAGUAGUAAAGUAACAUGGACGGCUCAGGAUGGCAGCCCUUAACACCAUCAACAACAACAGUGGCUGCAUCAGAAAUGGCGUGCUUGGAUGACGAAUAUUCAUGGAGUCCGCCCUCAGAGGCUGAGCUUAAAGUUAUUGCAGCUAGGAGUGAACGCAACAACAAGAUAUCAUCAAUAAUGGGACAAUAUCUUCUCAAGGGCUAUAAAAUGCUGGCUAUAACAUGCCCAAUUUGUGAUUGCAUUUUGUUGGAGGACCGUAUGACAAACAAAUAUUGCAUCGGGUGUAGUGAAGUUGAUGCUGACACCAGGAAGGACAAUCCAGCGGUAAGUGAAGAAGCAGCUAGAAGAGCAGUGGAGGAAAUUCAGCACAGACAAAAUCAUGAAAAGGAAUCACCAUCACCAGGGAAGAGCAUUACCUCUAAUGAAUCAUCACUUACAAACACACCAAAGGUACCACUAGUUACCCAGUCUGUGCCAACGUCUACUUCGGAUACCAAGGUUUACUGUGAAAGUCCAGCAAGUAAAAGUUUGUUAGUGCAUGGUAUCAAUCUUUCGGAAGACGUUGCUGCAGCGGUUAAUGCUCUGCGGUGCAAGUUAGGCUGGGCAACUAGUCAGUUACAAGCUACAACCAGCGUUCACGAAGCUCAAAAUCUUUCCGAACUCAUCACUGAAACCUGCAAAGCCAUCACUGCACUUAGAGAUCUUUAGAAAUAGUUUGUGACCUGUGGUAUUAAAAGGAGGUAAAAAUUUAAAUUAUCUGGCUUUGGGAACCUCUGUAGCAUUAUUUACUGGACAUUGGUGCCUUACCUAUGUUUGCACUUUUCUCUUAACACACUGACUGUCUCCCAGUGAGGUAAGAUGAAAAAAAAAGAGGAAUGCACAUUCAAUCACUGUCUUGUAAGAAAUAUACUAAAACCACAUUCUGGAUGAUCCUCCAGAUUACGUCUUCACCCAUCCUUCAGAGUGCAGGCACUGUUCUUCCCACCUCCAAGACUCGAGUCUGGCUAACUGGUUUACCCAGAAUCUCUUCAUAAAUGUUGCCUUAUCUCACUAAUGUUUUUUCUCUUUACAUCAAUAUUAUUAUAAUCAAAAUUAAGUGCUAAACCCACAAGAAUCAUACAGUGCUGCUCUUUACAUCCACAGAUUGGCAGUAUCACAAUUCCAUUUCUGUCACAUGCUUAAACUCAAGUACUGUACACAUUUACCCCUAGUAGGUUUAGCGCUUGAUUUUAAUUAUACAAUAAUUACAUAUUUACAUGAAGGACAGACGAGAUCUUGUACUUAGUGUCAUUUGAAUUGUGGCAUCUACACACAUCUGGGAAGACAGCUAUUAAAUGAGUGAUGGUGAAUGUGCUUCCCUUUUUUGAUUCACCCUGCCUUGGUAGGAAAUGAUUGAUGUGGUCAAAGAAAAAAAAUUGGCACCAUCUCAACACCAUUCUAUUACUGAGAUGAACUCUAAAGGCAAAAGUUUAUCAUAAUAUAAGGCAUUCCUCCAGUUAGCCGAACUCGAGUCCUGGAGGUGGGAAAUACAGUGCCUGCACUCUGAAGUAUGGGUGAGGAUAUGUUGCAGUUUCUGAACAGUAGUGUCAACACACCUCUGGCAAGACAGUGAUGGAGUGAGUAAUGAUGAAAGUGUUUCUUCUUUUUUGGGUCACACUGCCUCAGUGGGAAACAGCCGAUGUGUUAAAAAAUAAAGCUUUUUCCCCCAUCUGCAAGUGCAUAUUCAUAGAUUACAUGUAAAAUACUCAAGACUAUCAUAUUGUUAAUAGAUGUUUCCUUCUUUGGGACACAACAAAUUGGUGGGUAAUGGCCGGUAUGGUUAUAAAAAUGUCUCAAAAAACAUUCUCUUGCUAAAGUAAAUGCUCGAUAAUUAUUAUAUUCUUGUGGAAGAGCAGUCUGGUUUGAUCCAAGGAAGGAGAGGGUGGCUGUAAUUCCUUGGCCCUUCCAAGGGGAUGCUUUGUUGUCAGUGAUAAGUUUUUGAUCCAAGGAUUUUGAGCUCUUUCCCCCUUGAAGCAAACUUUAUUACUUAUCAUUCCUCAGGUGCUUUAUGAUCCCUGUAAAAUACUGCAGUAAUAAAAUUCCUUGGAUCAAGAGCCCUUCACUAGCUAAAGAAUUCUAAUUACUGGCUUGACAUUGACUCAGAGUAAGGUUUAAGAGACUGAACAAUAUCCAAGCUGAAUACAUUACCUUUAUUCUUUGCUUCCCUGUAACACGCUGUGGAUGGCUUCCUGCAGGAAAAGUCAUAUAUGGCAGUAUUUUUUCCAAAUAAAAAUUCAUAUGAAGCAUAUAAACAUUCAGGCAUUAAAGCUGUAGUAUAUGACACUGAAGUGCCUGCCAAAUUUAAAUUGAACCAGUGAAUUUUGAUUAGGGAUCCCAUUUGUCUAUUUUACUUAAACAGUUCCGGUUGUAGUUAUUUUUUUUCAGGAUUUGUAAAUACAGUGGACCCCCGAGUUUCGUGAUUAAUCUGUUCCAGAGAGCCUGCCGAAAGUUGAAAUUCACGAAACUCGAAACCAUUUUCCCCAUAAGAAAUAAUGGAAAUAAAAUUAAUCCGUUCCAGACACCCAAAGAUAUUAAAAUAUUUUUUUUUUUCAAAUUAAAUAAAGAUUUAUAUACUGAAAUCAAUGAGAAAUCAAGUACAUGCAUAUAAAAAAUAAUAAUAACAUUACACUUACCUUUACUGAAGACUUCUGGGUGGAUGGAAGAUGGAAGGAGGGGAUAGGAGGAAGGUGUACACUAUUGUUUGGAAGGAGAAUCUCCUUCCAUUAGGACUUUAGGUAGCAAGUCUUUAUCUGGGGUUACUUCCCUUCUUCUUUUAAUGCCACUGGGAACAACUUGAGAGUCACUGGAGCCCUGGCACACAAAAUAUCUGUCCAGAGAGGUCUUUUUCUGGCAUUUCUUUAAGAUUUUCCUGAAGUGGGACACAACACUGUCAUUGUACAUGUUGCAGAUAUGGCUUGUUUCAGCUUGGUCAGGGUGAUACUUUUCAACAAAACUUUGCAACUCAUUCCACAUUCCACACAUGUCCUUAAUCACUAAAGAAGGAACCUCCUUCACUCUCUUUUCCUCCUCCUCUGAAGCAAGUUCCUCAGCUGUGGCCUGAUGCUGUUCCAGUUGAAGCUCUUGCAGUUCGUCAGUGGUUAGCUCUUCCCUGUGGUCCUCCACCAACUUUUCCACAUCCCUGUCACUCACCCCCAACCCCAUGGACUUGCCCAAUGCCACAACACCUUCCACAACAGGCAGAGGGUCGGCAGGGACAGGGUCUGCCUCAAACCCUUCAAAAUCCCUCUGGAUCGUGUUCCUCACUUUAUUUAUCAAAGGGCUUGCACUAGCUUUCCUUGGGUCCAUGAUGACUUAUUUAGCAGUUUCAAGCACAAAAAACAAUGGAUUAUUAUGAAAUGUAUUGUAUGAACCCACGGGGUUAUGGUCACGUGUUGGUAAACAAUGGCACACUGAGCGUGAAUGGCGUGGGAGACUGGCACUGGACGGUCGCCGAAACACGAGUCGAAUCACUUGAGGCCAAAUUUGCCAAAAAAAACUCGCCGAAGGUCAAAUUUCACGAAAGUCGAGGCUGCCGAAACUCGAGGGUCUACUGUAUAAGAUUACUGUAAACAAGUUUGUCAUUUAAAACUCAGUGUGCAGUUUGUCUGCCUUAGUGCCAUUACAAUUGCACGAGUCAGAAUUGCAGUACAAAUGAAAAUGAGUCUGCCUCGUGCUCAGCAGACAAAGGUUCAAGCCUCCACUACAUCUUGUGCUGAAUGAUCCACAUAGGUUUAGCACUUAACAUGAAUUAAAUCAUUAUUAAAUUGUACAUAAUGCCAAGAACUUAUGAACACCCGUUAUAAUGAUUUGCAUUUACAAACAGAAUCUUGUAUUCUUUUAAAGCACUGGCCGUAUCCCACCUAGGCAGGGUGGCCCAAGAACUAAGUUUCUCUUUUUAAAUUUAGUAAUACAGUGGACCCCCGGUUAACGAUAUUUUUUCACUCCAGAAGUAUGUUCAGGUGCCAGUACUGACCGAAUUUGUUCCCAUAACAAAUAUUGUGAAGUAGAUUAGUCCAUUUCAGACCCCCAAACAUACACGUACAAAUGCACUUACAUAAUUGGUCACAUUCGGAGGUAAUCGUUAUGCGGGGGUCCACUGUAUAUACAGAAGGAAGGGUGUUAAUGUUGCAGUUUAAAAACUGUAGUGUAAAGCACCCUUCUGGCAAGACAGUGAUGGAGUGAAUGAUGGUGAAAGUUUUUCUUUUUCGGGCCACCCUGCCUUGGUGGGAAUCGGCCAGUGUGUUAAUAAUAACAAAAAAAAAAAAAUACAGAAGGGGUUACAAGCCCCUUGCUCCCAGCAUUUUAGUUACUUUUUACAAUAUGCAUAGCUUAUGGUGGAAGAAUUCUUUUCUGCUUCCCCAUGGAGAAAAAUCUUAUAUAUUUUCUCAAUGCAGACAUGUCGGUACAAACAUGUAACACAAUCACAUUGAACUGUUAUUAAUAUUAGCUUUGUGGUUAUAAAUGCCUUACUCACAAGUUGUUGUUUUUAUUAUAAAUCAUAACUAAGUGCUAAACCCAUAAGGGUCCUCAAUCAUAAGUUAAAUCAGUUAAUGCAACUACUUCAUAAGGUUGCAUCCUCAGUACUUCAAUAUACUAUAAUUAUAUUAAGUAACUUUUUUGAGGCUCAAGUAUUGUAAUGUUUCAUUUCAGAAUCGACAUUCAGUACUGUAAUUCUGACUCGUAAAAUUGUAAUGGCAUGAUUGCAAACAAAAACAAAUCGCUCAGCGAGUUCUUGAUAAACACCAAUUUGAUUAGCAUACUGAAUUAUUACAAUCAAAAUUUAAGUGCUAAACCCACAAGGGUCAUCCAGUGCUGUUAGCAUAUUGUAAUAAGUUACACAUUACAUUACAAAUAGGAUCAACAAGUGGAUUUUUUCAUGGUAGGUUGAAAAUAAGUAGUUUUAACUUUUAUUAAUUUUUAUUAUGAAUAGUCUAAAUUCAUAAACAUUAAUUUUAUUACGAGGUCUAAAUACACGAACUUUAAAAAUUAGGAAAAUCUGAUAAUUUUUUUAUUCAGAUGGUCACUUACAUAGUAUGGAUGAUUAUGACGUUUGUUGUGCCUAAUCAAAUUUACAGCUACUAUGAAAAAUUCAGGAAAAAUCAUCCUGUUAAUGAAAAAAUAUGUUUGUAUACAUGUGCACCUCAACUUUCAGGCUCCUUCAUGUAUAAUUAUACCUGGUAAUGUUCUGCUAGUCAUGGUAAAUUUAUCUUACCAAAUGAUACACUUACUCAAAAUAAAUAAUACUGCCCAAACUGCAUUUGCUUCCAAUA